AAUUGCUUGUCUCCGCCCCAUGUCUUUUGUCGGGCGUUGUCCCUCUCCUCCAAACUGCCGCCAUCCCGAUCUCUGCAGAGAGCCUCUUGUGUGGCUCAAAUCCUCUGCUCCUUCUCACAGAUACAAACAUCAAUGUCCAGCCUCGGAGCUCAGUGGAGACUCAAACAAAUGGAUGUGAGCAGAAGUAAUGGAAAAGAGUGCUAAGGAAGGGAAACAACAUAAGCCCAUAUCAAGAGUCAUUGGGGAGGGGGAGGAGGAGGCUAGGGGCUCGAGAAGUAGACCAGAUAAGAAGAAACAAGACUCCAAUCAUCCCAAUUCCAGAUCAAAGGGGCCAAUGAUGGUGGGUGGUGGUGGUGGCGGCCAGAGUGGCUCUGGCUACCACAGACAGAGAGACGUACCUCCCCGCUUCCAGGCACACAACAGACCCAGCAACAAACAGCACAAGUACAGCGCCACAAGAACCACUGCCGCGGGUGGCAAGAAGCAGCCUCUCAAGGACUCCCCAACCAACCACUGGCACCAGAGCCCGACCUCCUCCAUGCAGCACCAUCGCCAGACCACCACCCACCACAGACAGCUGGUUGACGAUGGGGGCUGGUCUCGCGGCUCCCCCGCCAAGGGCAGUGGCUGGAACAGCAAGAGACAGACCCACGGCGGGGUCAAAUCCAAUGAUUGGAGGGGCUCCCCCGAAGUGGACAGUGCAGCGAUAUGGCCUGUGGCUGAGCACAGACACCAGGGUAGCGGUGGGAGUGGGGAGGUUGACAGUUGGAACACUUUCUCCCCCGGGCAGUCCAGUCGACAGCACUUGCAUUCGGAGAACUGGAUGAGUGAUGAGGGGGGCUUCAGUGUCGGCGAAAACACCUGUUCCCCCCACAACAACUCUUCUCCCUCUCCCUCCAGCGUCAACUGGCACGUGGGGCCCGACCCUACACCCAACGUACAGCACGAGCUGGAACCAAUCGAGGACGACGAACUGGAGGAGGGAGAGUCGGGGGACGGGGGUGGCAACCGUGACAACUGGACUCCGAGACUACAUCAUCUGGGACCACUCGACCACCAGACUCCUGACCGGGAAGACGGCGGUAGGAAGAAUGAGUCCGGUGACCCUGGAGCCUGUGGCUGGGACAGCCUCAAACCCUCGGGGGCUCCCCACACCAACAGCGACAGAGACCCACUGGAAUCUCCUCAUCUUGCAGCGGCGUCGUCCUCCUCUCCCUCCCCGCCCUCCUCCGAGACCCAGCAGGGGCUCCUCCUCAGAGGGAGGAAAAACGCGAGCCUUUCUCCGUCCAGAGACCUGGAUAAGACCCUGGAGGUCGGACCUGGCAGUACCAGUGGGCCUGACUCCUCCACUCUGGCUUCCUGUGAGCCUCCGAGACAGCCACAGGAUGAGUUGUCCGGUCCCCGCUGCCGCGACCUGGUGACACCGGACGGUAGCAGCGGGAGUGGUGGUGGUCUGGGUAUGAGUGUGUGGAAGUGCCGGCCCAGUGUGGGAGGGAGCACGUCCUCCAUCAACAGUGCCGGCUCCAACUCCAGCUUGAAGAGCGAGGGGAAAAACGGGUACCACAGCAACAAGUCUUCUUCAAACUACAGUCCACGCAAGACUACAAGGUACGACAGCCAGAGCAGCGCAGUAUCCAGCAGCUCGGGGGCCAAACUCCACGUGAGGAAGUUGAAGAAGCCAAUGAGUGGUCUGGACGACGCCCUGGAGUGUCUGCACUCUGAACCCAGUGGGUGGGGAGACCUCCCCAGCCCCAAACCGACUGAUGUCGACAAUGGCACGGAGAUAUGGGGCGUUUCACCCGAUGACAUACACAGGAAGAUCAAACACGCCAACGGGGGAGGAGGGGAGUGGAGUGAUGAGGGACUAAUGGGUGGGGGUUGGCCCGGCGGUGCGGGGGACGCCAGAGGUCACAGGGUCACGACCCCAGGAACACCGGGACCCCAGUGGCUGCCUCCUGGGAGCAAGGAGAGCUGGGGCAAGAAGCUACAGACCAGGCCAGGCAACUUCCCCGAACACAUCUCAAAGCUGAUGGACAUGGGAUUCUCACACCAGAUGGCAGAGAAGUACUUGAAGGCCAAUGGGAAUGACCUGGGUGCCACUGUUGGCGAUUUAAUGUCCCUUGGAGUGGUGGCCGAAGACGGAUCCCUGAUGGGUGCUAACGGUGGGGGCAGACCAAGCAAGAAACAGCCAGGACUGGUCAAAGGUCCUCCCGGCGCAAACCACUAUUUCGGCAGAGGGACCGGCUCGUUUGUGGGUCUUGGGACCCCUCCCGGUGGGGGUGCCCCUGCAAUUACAGGCAUGAAAGACCUCUACCACCAGCAGGUCCUUCAGACGCACCCUACCCUGCACCUACUCCAGAUGCAGCAACACUACAUGGCAUUACCGUCGGCCACUUUGCUCGGGUUCCAGCAGCUCCUCAACAACCAAAUGUCCCAGCUACGGACCUGCAAACAGCAGGUCAUGCAGCAACUACAGACACUCAAGGCCCAGGCAGGUGGAAACUCCGCCCAGCAGCAGCAGGUUGCACAACUCCAGCAACGUCUCAUGAUCAUCAACCAACUGAUGACCCACAUCAGCCAGCAGCAAAAGUACCCCUCCCAGUUGGCUAAAGACAAGAGUGGAGGAGGGAUGCUGGAUGGCAUGGUCAAGUCUGUCACUCCUGGAGCUGUCGGGUCACAGCCUCUGGGGAGACACACACCUCCUUCCAGGAACAAAGACAUGAAGGGGCCGGGUUCGUUCGCCGCUCGCUCCAUCUCCCUCCCCGGUGGUGCUCACGAGCACAGUCUCUCCCUCGGGAUGCAGGGUCUGAGCAUGAACGGCCACGUGACUCCGUCCAGCAUCAGCCAGUCCUCGGCCCGCAGCAUCUCUCGUCUCCAGCAGAUCAUCUCGGGCUCCGCCGAGGACGGCACUGGACACCAGGACAACAAGACCAAGUUCCGUUUCCCUCCUCAGUCCCUGGCGUCCACUCCAGCCGAGAUGUACGCCUCCAUCAGCUCCCCACUGGCCAACAGUGGCACCACCGCCACCACACCGGCCUCCACCCCCUUCUCCCCUGCCCGCUCCUUCACCGACAUACAGGAGUUCCGCCCCGGUGUACCCUGGCAGCCACGCGCCCUACCCACUGAGCCUGCACAGCUCUAUGCCAAGCCCACCACAAACACCGGAGGCCCCGUCUCACGUCCAGAGUUGAGGACCGUUCAGAGCGAACCUGUCUUCCCCCAGUACGUCGGGAACACUAGCCACCCCCCUGUGGGGCAGCAGCGGAGGCCGCCGUCUCUCAACUACCACCCUCGUCCCAGUGCCAGCUACCGUGGUCGCAGCUCGUCCAGCGACCAGCAGUCGGGGUGGCAGCACGCGAUGGCUCCGGGGUCCACCAACACCCCCAGCCCCUACAGACACCCACAAACCCCUGACAGUGCCUUCUCCUCUGGCACUCCAAUUACCCGUAGACAUCAGGGGCCUCCCCCUUCCCACUCUUCCUCUUUCAAUCCAGCCAGUGGCGGUCUCGGGCAGCCUCUCUCGCGUCCGAAUGCCCUCUUUCCCAGUCCGCACUCGUUCUCUCAGGCCCCGGGGCGCCCUCCCUCCACCUCCUCCUCCUCCACCAGCUCCGACAUGAGGUGGGGCUCAUCGUCUCGAGGCAAGUUUCCCAGCAGCAGCAGCAGUAGCGGCGGUAGCAGUAGCAGUGGUAGUGGGCCUCCUCCAGCCUCUCUCACCAGCAGCAGCGGUAUGUGGGACUCCAGUGUUGGACCCAGCAGUGGGAUCCCCUCCUCGUCCUGGAGCAGUCUCGGACUAGACACCGCCUCUUCUUCCCCCAAUAACAACAAUGGGUUCGCCCCGACUCCGGCUUCCGGGACUGAACCGGGUUUCUCCUCUCCUCCUCCUCCUCAUACAUCUUGUUCGUCGUUGGACGGUCUGACGCCGGGACUGAGUGUAACGUGGGACAAGAGAGGGUUGGAGUCCCCUGACCACAAGAGCGCCGUGCUCAGCCCAGAACCAACGUUUGCAGAAUGGAAGAGUGGCAAGAAGGCUCACUUUAAACUACCCUCCAAUCCACCCUCUUCGUGGCUGUGCCUUCACAACAUUAAUUCACAGGUUGAUGAGGCAUCCCUACGAGACGUGUGCAGCGAGUUUGGCCACCUCGAGAUCCUGGCCAUAGUUCCAGACUUCGAGAUGGCUGUCGUCCAGUACUCCACCAAAGAGCAGGCCAUCAUGGCCAAGACUGGGCUGGACAAGAGCCCCGUGGUGUGCGGCGUAACUGUAUCAGUCGACUUCGUCUCUGAGCAGAAAGCCUCGACCUUCAUUACCCAGCAACAGCAACAGCAGCAGCAGCAGGCGGAUGGAGGGUCGCAGUUGCAAGACCAGUGGCUGUCCAAGACGGAGACCAGCCAGCCCGCCAGCAUGGCCAACGGAUCACACUGGGACGGUGGCAUUGGCCUAGUCAGCCCGUUCUCCCAGACCCACACCGCAGCAGCAGCGGUCACCACCAACAGCUCCCAACAUCCCAGGGGUGGCGACCCUGCCAACACUCCAUGGAGCAACAGUGGGUUCCUCCCGGGGCUCACCUCUCCUUGGAGCAGCACGCCGCAGACUGAGUCGGCUCUGUUCCCCUCGACCUCCAGCAGCAAGCAGGAGCCGGCAACCAUGAGCAGCAGCCCGUCUCUCUCCACUUAUCUACCCAAUGGGCUGUUUUGAACUCUCUCUCUCUCUCUCUCUCUUUCUCUUUCUCGUGUUCACCCUCCUUGCGUGUUGUUGUUUUUUUACUCUUGCCACCAAACUCAAACAAUAGUACCAGCCAGUCAGGACUGACAUUUGUGCCCCCACCUCCCCCUCUCUCCCUCCCUCCCUCCCACCCUCUCUCUGUGUGUUGUUGACCUACCAAGUAUCGCAAUACUAUAAUUCGAGUACCACUACAGCCAAAAACUGGAGUAGCUGCCACUCUAAGCUAAGCCCACCGCAGAGUUCAGGCCACCAAACUAUCUUGGACGCCAUCCUACCAGCCACGGAACCAAACUGUAUAUUAAGUUGAUGUACGUGUACGGCCGUUUGGUGUUGCUCCACAGCCAGUUCUCUCCUUCAUUACAUUGGGAUGAAUGUCAUAAGCCUAACCCUAAGUAUUAGUGUCUGUUGUAUCAUAAGUUAUAUAUACCCCCCUUAUAGGUGUGUGUCACUUGCUUGUAAAUAGAACAACUGUAACACUUGCACUGUUUUACCGCUGACUCACCACCCACCCACUCUCUCUUAUGAAAACAUAGUCGAUAUCACCAAGUCAGGUAGUUUUCUCUCUCUUUCUCUGGAGCUAUCAAAGCUAUGUAAGCUGUACCAAAUACACACAACAGCUGCAUAUCUUUUGGUGGUAAAUUUUCAUCACCUCAGCAGGAAAAUUUUGUUUUGUAAUUAUUUUGUUUUUGCCGCAGGUACAUUUGUGAUUCUGUAUUAUUCCACUGUACUGGUUUUGAGAGAUACAUGUAUGAAUGUUAGUAGUGAAGAGGCCUUCAUGUGUGUAUAGAUUGUGCCAUACUUUUAUCCACUGCCGUUUAGUAUCACUGUAACAAUAAUUUAUC